AUUCGUUGCUGCGCAUGGACUGUCUCUUGUUGCAACACUCAGGGGCUACUCUUCAUUGUGGUGUCUUCUCUUGUUGUGGAGCAUGGGCUCUAGGCACAUGGGCUUCAUUAGUUGUGGCAUCUGGGCUCAGUAGUUGUGGAUCGUGGGCUUAGUGGCUCCACGGCAUGUGGGAUCUUCCUGGACCAGGGCUUGAACCCAUGUCCCCUGCAUUGGCAGGCGGAUUCUUAACCACUGUGUCCCUAGGGAAGUCCCAGAAGUCUCAUUCUUAAUGUGAUGUGUGGCCCACUCUUGAAAGACAUUUUGCGCCUGGCUGAGUAUGAUGGGACACACCCCGAGCAAGAGGUGUAAACGUGUGUGGUGAGUCUUUCCCAGCACCAAAAGGAGCCGAGUAGGAAGAAACUCCCCAGAUGGGAUGAAGGGAGGACUUCAUUGGUGAAGAACUGCAGCCUUCAUGUGGCAGAAAGGACCUUGACGUGCUGAACAGGAGAGAAGGACUUUCCGGCCAGUUCAGGCCUUCUCCAGAACCAGGCCCCUCACAUGAGGGAAGCCACACAGCGACAUGGGGGGCAGGGAGACCUUUGAAAGUGGACAGAAUGAUUACAAGUGCAGUGAAUGUGGUAAAACCUUUAGCCAUGAACACAUACUUGUUGAGCACCAGAAAAACCAUUGCAGCGAAAGUGGGAAGACUUUCAUCAGACCGUUCCACGUGGUUCAGCACCAGAAAAUCCACAUUGAAACGAGGCUAUAUGAGCACCUUGGAUGUGGAGGGUUCUUUACACAAAGAUCUGGCCUCAUUGAACACCAGAGAGCUCACACUAGGCCAAUGCCUUAUGAGUGCAGCCAGUGUGGGAAGUGCGUUAAAAGACCACUUCACGCUCGUUCAUCAGAGAGUUCACAUGGGAGAAAAGCCAUAUAAACGCAGUGAAUGUGGGAAAAGUCUGAUUUAGCACGGGGAAGUACUGCUCUGCAGGUGUUUAAAUUUUUUUUUAAUUGUGAUUAAAUGCCUGUAACAUAGCAUUUACAGUCUUAACCAUAUUUAACUGUAAGUUCAUCAGUAAUAAUACAUUCACCUUUUGUGCAAAUAUUCAGAAGUCUUUUCAUCUUAUAAAAAUGAAACUAAACCCAUUAGACAGCAACUCCUCAUCCCCCUUCUCUUAUCCCCUGACAACAGCUAUUCUACUUUCUGUCUAUGAAUUUGUCCACUCUGGGUACCUUACAUAAGAGUCAUAAAGUUUUUCUCCUCUUGUGGCUGGCUUAUUUCACUGAAGACAAUGUCCUCAAGGUUCAUCUGUGUCCUAGCAUGUGUCAGAAUUUCCGUCCUUUUUGAGUGAGUAGUACUCCAUUUUAUGUAUAUGCUACUUUUUCUGUAUCCCUUCAUCAGUGGGGUCUUAGGUUGCUUUCACUCUUUGGCUAUUGCGUAUAAUGCUGUUGUAAGCACAAUUGCACAAAUGUUUCUUUGAGGCCCUGGUUUCUGUCCUUUUUAUGUAUGUUUCCAGAUGUAGAAUUGUUGGAUCAUUAUCUCAAUAUGUAAAUUUCUUGAGGAACUGAGGGGCUGUUUCCAUAGUAGCUGUACCAUUUUACACCAGUACAGCUUGAAGCUUAUAUCAUGUAAGGUGCAGGUGCAACUUCAUUCUUUUAUGUAUGGAUAUCUAGUUUUUUCAACACCACCUGCUGAAAAAACUCAUUUCUCUUUGAAUGGUCUCUGCACCCUUUUAAAACAUCUGAGCAUGUAUGUGAAGGUUUGUUUCUGUGCUUUUAUUCCAUUCUCCUAUAUGUGUGUGUAUGUCAAUACCACAGCAUUUUGAUAUAUACUUUUUAAGUUUUUGAAAGUGGUUUGACUCAGUUUUUAAGCCCUGGCAGGAGAAGGACUGUCCUUUCCCCUUCUAGAACAGCUGAUGAAGCCCACAACCCCAACCACUUUCCUUAUCAGGCUCUCAUACUCUGGACUACCAGACACCAAGGUGUCAGACAUUUAGUGAUAGUCCCUAUGUUCUGGAACCCAUACAAUUGUUCAAAAUAGGCAAGCCACAGAAAGCUCAUGAAACCUAGCUAAUCCCAUCACUCUUGCCACAUAUAAACUGCCCACCACAGCUCCAGCUUGCUGUUAAUCCUGUCCCUGGGCUCAGCCCUCUUUGUUGCCCUGUCUAAUGUCUUUCUCUCAUUCUGAGCUGUAAGUAACAAACAGUUCUGUCUUUCAUGUAUCCCAGUGUCAUUGUGCUAUGUGUUCCACCAUCAAGAACCUUUUGAUCUUACAGAACAACUCCACACCCAGCAGGGUAUUAUGAGUAUGGCAGAUGUUGGACAGUCUUUAGCCACUAGUCUGUCUCCAUUCGGCACCAGGAAGCUCACACUGGAGAAAGACGUUACACGUGCAGCCACUGUGCUCUUGGCUUUUUAACAUAAUAACAGAUGAAAGUUCUGGAGAUUAGCCCCUGUGAGGGAGAUAACCCCCAGAAACUGCAUCUUGUACAUCCGGACAUCCUCACUAGGGAGAUUAACGGUAAGGGCCAGGUUUGUGGGAAACUGGUGAACUCUUUUGCACUUUCCGACCUGCCUGGGGCCGUCACUGGAGUUCUGUCACUGCCCAUGUGUAUUAUAGAAGCCACUCUCCUGAUAUUAGCUGGCAGGGAGUAUGGUCACUAUAGUUAGUAAUACUGUAUUGCGUGUUUGAAACUUGCUAAGAGUAAAUCAUAAAAGUUCUCAACAUAAAAAACUUAUGUAACUAUGAGGAAAACGUGAAGUAGACCUAUUGUGGUGAUCAUUUUGCAGUAUAAACCAAUGCUGAAUCAUUAUGUUAUACGUCUGAAACUAAUAAAUGUUAUAUGUUAAUUAUAUCUCAAUUUUUUUAGAAAGCAGGGAGAACAGGUUGCUGUAGUCUCUUGCUUUUUCUGGAGUAUUCGCCAGCCAUUUGAGCCCUUUGGUGAGACCUCAUGCCCACCCCUUUGAUUUGUUCAGGUGUGGACAUCACCCAUUUUGGACAGAGGACUCCAUCUGCUGUUGGCUGGCGGCUUACAGAGGUUUCUCUUGUUUCAGGGUCAUUAUUGAUUGUCUUAUAACAUUCUUGACAGAUUUUUUCGAGCCUCCAUUUUACCCACCCUAGGAACUGCUGGCUCACCUUGCUGGUUUUUGCGGUAAAGUUAUUAUUGGGUGUUUUUCUUUGUUUUUUUCUUUUUUAUUGAAGUACAGUUGAUUUGCAAUGUUGUGUUUAUUACUGGUAUACAGCAAAGUGAUUCAGAUAUAUGUAUAUUUUUUUCAAAUAUUUUUUUCCACAUGGUUUAUCAUAGGAUUUUUUUAAAAAUAAAUUUAUUUAUUUAUUUAUUUAUUUAUUUUUGUCUGUAUUGGGUCUUCAUUGCUGCACAUGGGCUUUCUCUAGUUGUGGCAAGCGGGGACUACUCUUCAUUGCAGUGCACGGGCUUCUCACUGCGGUGGCUUCUCUUGUUGCGGAGCACAGGCUCUAGGCUUGCGGGCUUCAGUAGUUGUGGCACAUGGGCUCAGUAGUUGUGGCUUGCGAGCUCUAGAGCACAGGCUCAGUAGUUGCGGCGCAUGGGCUUAGCUGCUCCGCGGCCUGUAGGAUCUUCCUGGACCAGGGCUCGAACCCGUGUCCCCUGCAUUGGUAGGCGGAUUCUUAACCACUGUACCACCAGGGAAGCCCUAUCAUAGGAUUUUUUUUUGUUACGUGAUGAUCCAUUUAUUUAUUUAUUUAUUUAUUUAUUUAUUUAUGGCUGUGUUGGGUCUUCGUUUCUGUGUGAGGGCUUUCUCUAGUUACAGCAAGUGGGGGCCACUCUUCAUCGCGGUGCAUGGGCCUCUCACUAUCGCGGCCUCUCGUUGCGGAGCACAAGCUCCAGACGCGCAGGCCCAGUAAUUGUGGCUCACGGGCCUAGUUGCUCCGUGGCAUGUGGGAUCUUCCCAGACCAGGGCUCGAACCCGUGUCCCCUGCUUUGGCAGGCAGACUCUCAACCACUGCGCCACCAGGGAAGCCCCUAUCAUAGGAUAUUAAAUAUAGUUCCCUGUGCUAUACAGUAGGACCUUGUUGUUUAUCCAUUCUGUAUAUAAAAGCUUACAUCUGUUAACCCCAACCUCCCACUCCAUCCCUCCCCUAGGUCUUAUUGUCUAAGUCACCUUUACUCUUGGGUUUCUGUUUACUGUAUGCUGUGGGUUGAGAACAGAAUUUGGCUCUGCCAGAAUAAAAAGUACAGAGUUCUGGGGCUCUCAACUUUGUGUGCUCCAAAGGAAAUAGCAGGAGGACAAAGCACAACUCUAAGUGUAGAUUUGGCCUAAUUGCAUUGCUGCUUGAGGCCUCCUAGGAAAGUCUGAAGGACCCCUGCACCAGGAUCUCCUGACCUGGAUGUGAAUAUUAUUUGUGAUUCCGCAGUCACUUGGGGCAGUUGGUUUGCAAACAAUAUCGUAUUUGACAGUACCAUGAACUUCGUGGAUGUUCCAUGGCAUUAUUGAGAGAUAGCUGUCUCCUGUUACCCACCUAGGAGCUGUGUGUCCUGAGGAAGAAAAAUCAUGUAGGUUUAUGUCCAUGGACAUAAAACUUAACAAGGCCCAGGCUGGGAACCAUAUUGGGUACAGAAAUGGUGACUGGAUUAAUAGGGACUGGUGGAGACUGCCCCAAAGUAGAGUGGAUAAGCCACUUCCAAAGGGGCAUCUGUGAAUAUCUGAGUAACUGGCCAGGUGGAAAGAGAGUGUACAGAACUCGGGACCUACAGACCAGUCCCCGUAGCCAGUUUAUUGGCAGAGCAGCAGAGCCAGAGGUUUUAUGGAUCCCUGUAGUCUCUCUGGGCUGUUUCCCUCAAACCAUAAUGGCAAGGCAGGAACCUCAUGAGGGAGUGAAGGGAGAUUCUCUUCUUCAGGGAUGGGUCUUUUGUGUCCUAGCCAUCAUUCUUGGUGACAUGAGUGGGCAUAUUUCCAUUAUUCUCCCGUUUUGUAGACAAGGAAUCAGAGUUGACUCAUGUAAGACGUGGGGAGAGGGUCCUGAUGAUCAGUACAGCUUUGUCAGUUGUUUGAUAUUCUAGAAGGAAUAGCAUUUUAACACUUUAUGGGAAAAAGUUUUCCCCAAACAGCUUCAUUGAGGGAUUAUUGAUGUAGAUUAACUGCACUUAUAUAAAGUGUCCAACAUGACAUAUUUUCACAUAUGUAUAGACAUUGAACCCAUCAUCAGAGUUGUCAUAAUGAAUAUGCCUGUUGCCUCAGUAAGGUUUCAGUGCCCUUCUCUUUUCUUUUCCUUGCAUCGCCACCCAAAUUGCCAUCUAUACAUAGCCAUUAACUCUAAACUCAUAAGAAGCCAUAAACAAAUGUUGAACCAUUGAAAAGGUUGCAAACUUCUGAGCUAACAAUCAAUUGAACUUAAUAUUUAUACAAAAAAUGUGGACCUUAUGCAUGCAUACGAGGGAGAGCUGUAGUUGUCAGGCAGUGUCCUAGAACAAAGCUUGAGCUGCAUUUAUCUUUUAUGGAGCCAGUCAUUCAGGAAUGGAGGAAUUUCAGAAGUGUGUGUUGAAGGAUUUCUGGACUUUCAGCAGUGUUAGUGUGGCCACUCCUGUUGACCAGCUGACUUUCAGAAGCUGGGGUAUGGAACUGAGGUAGUUGCUGAUUGACUGUUGCUUAGGAGCCUGGAGCUGUCACUGAUUGGCUGUCUUUCAGGACUCGGGUUGGGGAGCGGUAGUCUAUCACCGAUUGGUUAAAUUUCAAAAGCUUGUCCCUAUCAAUGAUUUGCUAACUUCCAAAAGCUUAGUUUCUCUGUUGAGGCUGUCAUUGACCCCGCUGAUUUUGAGGACACAUGUAUUUAUCGGAAGUUAUCUCUUAGAAACGAUGAUUAUUUGUUCAUGACUUUGGACUGUGGCCAAGGAACACCCUUUUCCCUUUCCUGACUAUGUAAAGUAAGCACUUUAUUUGCUAGUAUCUGUUUUUAGUCUUCCCUCAGCCAAACCUGAGAGAAACCAUAAAGCAUUGUCCAAAUCUAACUGCCGGCGUUUUGGAAAUCAUUGCAAAAAGCGGGAUGUAGGAUGUUUAUGUUGUGCUGACGAAGUCAAAGGACUCUGGACAAAAUUGUGAAAUACAGGACUUGUGCUGUAUACACGGAACAGCUGACAACCUAUUCCCAAUAUGUCCCAUGCACCUACUAUUGUGGUUGAAACUCCUUAGGUGCUUGUGGUACAUUUGUUAGGCCAGUGAAUACACACCACAGUACAGCUUCUUUAUUCAUUUUUACCUUUCUGGCAAGUCUAAAUAUUGUCUUCACCUCCCCUGCUAAGCAGUUAAGUACCCGUGUUUUCAAGUAUGAAAAAGAAUCACAUUUUGGAGAUCUACGUGCUUCAUUUGGGAACUGUAUUACCCAGAAGUCACUUCAGUCUGCAGGUGUAGUGACUGAGCCAAUGAAGGCUUAGCAAAGUGCUCUUAAGAUGCAGUGCACACCAGGUGAGUGGAACUUCCUGCAUCCUUUAGGGAUGGCAUUGUUAUGGACUCUGGCUUUUUCCCACCUGUAUGGGCUUCUAGAGCGCUGGGUCCACGCGGAGGUGACCAAGAGGAAAAGCACAAGAAGAGACGUUACAGAGGCGCCUCUGAGGCCCAGCUGAACCAGGCUGUGCAAGCCAUGGUACCCUUGUUUCUGAAACUGAACAGGACCCUGCAGGGCCCUCCUGGGUACAAAAGUCUGUCCCACUUGUUUCUUUUUUUCAUUUGUUUUUAAUAUUUAUUUAUUUAUUUGGUUGUGUCAGGUCUUAGUUGUGGUGGGUGAACUCCUUAGUAGUGGCAUGUGAACUCUUAAUUGAGGCAUGCAUGUGGGAUCUAGUUCCCUGGCCAGGGAUCGAACCCAGGCCCACCUGCGUUGGGAGCACAGAGUCUUAACCACUGUGCCACCAGGGAAGUCCCCCUUGUUUCCUGUACAUAGAGAAAGACUUUAGUUUCCUAGGCCUUCCCUGAGCUCCAAAGAGCAGAUUCAAGUAGUUACUAACUAGAGAGGUGAGAGAGUACAGAAAGAAAGGAAAAGCAGUCAAAUAAAAACAGUAAUGACAGUUGGAACAAUAGUUCAGUGGUAAAAUACUCACAGGAAUUCUAGUUCCUUCUGAAAGGUUAUAGAUAACAAUCUGAUGCAUAUUCUUGAGUUGUUUUGCAGAAACAAGACCUCCAGCCAGGUGGAGGAUGGUGACUACAUGAUGACAACAAGCACGUAGGCCUGAGACUGGUUGGAACCAGAAAGUUGAUGAUGAAGAUUCCUGAAAAUCACCCUGUGACCUUACCAGCAACCAAUCAGAAGAAAGUAGCAGACUACAUUCCACGGAAAUCUGGGUGCGUCCCCUUUAAGAAGCGUGGUUCUGCGGAUACCUGGGUGCGGCCCCUUUAAGAAGCGUGAACCCCCGCCAGUACUCAGAGCCUUGGGACACUCCUUCCCAGCUACCCUCAGGGUGAGGAGGAACUUUCCCAGAGGUGGGGAGCACCGCCGCUUGACAGGUCGUAGAGCGCUGUGAACCACAUUACCCCGAAGGCAAAGCGCGGCGCGUAAGGGUCCCUGAACCAAUGACGGCUCAGGAGAGAGCCACUUCCGUUCUAGGGGGCGGUGUCUGGGCGGGCCUUCCGGCGUCGACCGCAGGCGACAUUUUUAAACUCGGACCUGUUCGCUGGUGCGCGCUUCGGUACCUUGGGUCGGCACCAGGUAAAGGGAGCCAGGAGGGCGCUGUGUCCGCUGCUCUGAGGAAAGGCUGAGGCUCCGCGUGGACGCCAUCCGGCCUGACUCUGUCUCGGGGCCGGAGGGGCCUCCGUGCCCGGGCCCCACCAUUGCCCACAGACUCCGCUGGGACGGCCACGCCGAUGGGUGCGAUUCAGGCCACACUGCGCAGCUAGCAGUAUCUUAGUUCCCAGACCAGGGAUGGAAAUCGAACCCAUGGCAGUGAAAGCACCAAGUUUUAACCUCUGAACCACCAGGGAAUUCUGAGAUUCAUUUUCAGUGUGAAGUCAACAAAUGGUGGUUCCCAUCUCUACUGCAGGAGAAAAAAGCAGGUUCCACAUUCAGCAGAACCACUUAUGGACCCUGCACUGGGCCCUGUGACCUUUGAGGACGUGGCUGUGUACUUUUCCCAGGAGGAGUGGAAGCUUCUUGAUGAGGCCCAGAGAUUCCUGUACCACGAUGUGAUGCUGGAGACCUUUGCACUUGUUGCAUCAUUGGAACUUUCAUCUUCUAGGUCCCAUGUUGUUCAGCUGGAGCUGAGAGGAGAACCCUGGGUACAUGACAGAGUGGACAUGACUCCAGACAGAGCAAGAGGGGCUCAAAUUGGGCCUGGCCCUGGGUGUUGGUAUAUGGCAGAGAACAAGCAGACACCUUCUGAGCAGAAUGUUUCUGUAGAAGUGCCACAAAUAAAUACUUCAGAGGCAGACCUGUCCACCCUGAAGUCCUAUCCCUGGGAGAGGUACUGCCUGUACUUAGAAGGUGGUUUGCAUCUAGCUGAGGACCUUGGCACAAACCCUGGCCAGAAACUCUGUGGGGCAGGUGUGCAGUUUCACCAGCACAGUGGAGAGGAACUCUUUAGAAGAGACGUUGGUAAGACCUUUAUGAAGAGCCGCACCAUCCAUGUAUCCAAGAAGUCUUUCACAUUCCAGGAGCCUUGGAAGGAUUUCCCUUGUAGCUCUGGCCUUCUCCAGCACCAGGUCACUCCACAAAAGGACACCGAGUUUGUAGAGGCCUUUCACGAUGGAGAAAAGCGUUACAAGUGCAGUGAAUGUGGGAAAGCCUUCUGCCGUAAAUACAGGCUUGCUCAGCACCAGAGAGUCCACACUGGAGAAAGGCCUUAUGAAUGCAGUGAAUGUGGGAAAGUCUUUAGAUGCAACUCCAACCUUGUUAUACAUAGAAGAAUUCACACUGGGGAAAGGCCUUAUGAGUGUAGAGAAUGUGGGAAGUUCUUUAGGCAAAACGCCCAACUUAUUGUGCACCAGAGAAUUCACAGUGGAGCCAAGCCUUACGAGUGCAGUGAAUGUGGGAAAACCUUCAUUACUAAAAGCAAACUUGUUCAGCACCAGAGAGUCCACACUGGAGAGAGACCUUAUGAAUGUGGAGAAUGCAGAAAAGCCUUCACCUAUAAACGCAUGCUUGUUCAGCAUCAGAGAGUCCACACUGGAGAGAGGCCUUAUGAGUGCAGUGAAUGUGGGAAAGUCUUUAGGUACAUUGCCAGCCUCAUUAAACAUAGAAGAAUUCACACUGGGGAAAGGCCUUAUGAGUGUAGUGAAUGUGGGAAGUCCUUUAGGCAAAGGGCCCACCUUCAGGUCCACCAGAGAAUUCACACUGGAGCAAAGACUUACAAGUGCAGUGAAUGUGGGAAAUGUUUUAGCCAAAACUCUAUUCUCACUACGCACCAGAGAGUUCACACUGGCGAAAGGCCUUAUAAGUGCAGUGAAUGUGGAAAGUGUUUUAGUCAAAGCUCUACUCUUAUUAAGCACCAGAGUUCACAUUGGAGGAAAACCAUAUGAGGAGAACUCUGAAUGAGGAGAAUUAUUUAGCCAAAGCAUCCAGCUUACUCAACACCGAAAAGCUCACACCACAGAAAGGCCUCAUCAGUGCAGCAAAUGUGGAAAGGUUUUCUGUCAAAGGUCUGCUCUGAGCACUAGAAACUUCACAGCUCAGAUAGACCCUAUGAGUACAGCAAAUGUAGGAAAGCUUUCAGCCAAAGGUCUUACCUUAUUCGAUACCAGAAAGUUCAUACUGGAGAAGGGCCUUCAAAUGAGAUGAGGAGAGCAGCGAAUGAGCUGUCUCCUUAGUUAAUACAUCAUACUGAAUAGACUCUUUGAGGAAGUCAUCAACUGGAAGUUGAAUGCCAUACAUCUGAACAGCCCUCGUGUGCAGAUUGCCUAUGAGUACCGGGUUCAUAGGAAGCUUUUCAGGAGCUACGCUCUACUUUCUAACCUGUGCAAGGCCCUUGUUGGACUCAGUAUCACUAAGUUUUUUACUUCUCCCAUGUGGCAGAUCCCAGUACUGGGGCAUCAGUCAUCGCACUGUGAUCAGGGUAGGUAGACCUUUGUGCUGUCCUGUCCCCUGGAGGGAAGCAUGAAUAGCCUGAGCACUUGGGUGUUGUCAUUCUCUUCCGUCAAGGACAGGACCUAAGCAGCUUUGACCAUGGUGACCCAAUGUGGGUUCCCUUGGCAGCUCACAGAAGUUUACUUUCCUUGGUGGUAUUGUCUCAUGUCAUGCUCACGAUGGAUGUUUCUAGCUCCAGGUCACCCUGUUUGGGAACGAUCUGCCUCCAUUUGCUCUGCUCUGUGAAAAAAUAAAGACUAUAGUUUAAACCA